AUGUAUCAACCUGUGUUGGCUGGAUAUUCUCUUGGAAUACUCAAUGAAAUUGGGGUUCCUGCAAAGGAUAUGUAUUAUUUAGCUGUUGUGCAAAUCGCAGGAGUAAUAGUCUCCGUCGCGUAUUUAUUCGAGACCCGGUUCUUCAUACUCUAUGCCCAGGAGACCUUCUGGAAGUAUCUUCGUCGUCCAUGGAUCCUUAUCAAUUAUAUUAUUGCAUUCACUUAUAUGAUACCCACAUAUUUAGCAGUUCCAGAUCAGAAAACAGGAAAAGAAUAUCAAUUUGGAAGGUAUCCAUGCCUACCAAAUGAAGUUUAUGAGGAUAAAGUGUUUCUAUUGUCCACGUGGAGUUCAGGAGUUGCUUAUAACAUGUGUGUAAAUACUGCAGGACAGCAGACUUUACUCUUUGUUGGUUUGAUAUUUUGGAAUAUGAAAAAGUCAAUGGGGGAAGCGAAAUGGUCGAAAAGGACAAUGAGUAUGCAUCGGAUGUUUUUCAAAACAUUAACUUUACAGAUGAAUUCAAUGAAAUGGCCAAUGCUCAACCUACAUUUAUGGAGUGCUUCGUUAGAUUUCUCCUUCGGUGUUUUGAUUGUUCCAUUCAUGUAUCAACCUGUGUUGGCUGGAUAUUCUCUUGGAAUACUCAAUGAAUUCGGAGUACCAAUGAAGGACAUGUUCUAUUUGGCUGUGGUUCAGAUAGGUGGUGUGAUGGUAGCUGUCACGAUCCUUUUCGAGACUCGUUUCUUUAUACUGUAUGCCCGUGAAACCUUCUGGAAACAUCUCCGUCGUCCAUGGCUUGUACUGAACUACCUUAUCUGCUUAGUGUACUUUGUACCCACAUAUUUAGCAGUUCCUGAUCAAAAAACCGGAAAAGAAUAUCAAUUUGGUCGAUACCCAUGCCUACCAAAUGAAGUAUAUGAAGAUAAAGUGUUCCUUCUCACUACGUGGAGUACUGGAGUUGGUUAUAACUCAUUAUUGAAUACAACUCCUCAGCAGACACUUAUAUUUAUUUUAUUGAUUUAUUGGAACAUGAAAAAGUCGAUGAGUGGACUGAAAAUGUCAAAGAAAACUGUUGAUUUGCAUAGAAGAUUCAUGAGAUCGUUAGUUUUACAGGUUACAAUACCGGUUGUUACCGUAAUCCUACCUCAAAUCUAUAACACCAUUGCCACGUACAACUCAUAUUAUAAUCAAGGACUGAAUAAUAUAUCGAUAUGUAUUAUGACAACACACGGCUUAGUAUCAUCUAUUUCUAUGAUUUAUCUGCACAAAUCAUAUUGGGAAGCAAUACAUUAUUCCUUCUGUCCUCAAAAAUUUCUGGUUGAUGAUACGGCGAUUUUCACAAAAUCUAUUCAAAUGAAGCAUUUUUGA